AUGUCGCUGGUUGACAGUGAGGCUUCAUUUCGGCAGCGAUGUCAAGACGUCGGCGGGGGUGCAAUUCACACCGCACUGUCUGACCAAGGGAUCACUUCCUUUGCCUCGCUUGCAUAUUCCUGUGGCACGCCUCAGGAUCGACCCACACAGGCGGAAAUGGACGCAUUUGCAGUAAAGAUCUUGGGGGCUGCUCCCCGUUUGGGGGAUGUGUCUAUCUUGAAGCGAUUGAUGUUCGAGUCCGCCACAUAUGUCAUAGCUCAGUUGCGUCAAGCUGUGCAAGGGGACUCUGCCGAACAGCCUCGAAAGCUUCCACUUGCUGAAAAACAGGCCAGGGCCGAAGAUCAGCGCCGUCGGCUUAGUGGGGUGCAUAUAGAGCGUGAUUUGGUCCCUUCCCAUGCUCUGGUGGACCUCUGUUGUCACAUGCAUGAUGUGGGCAUCACUUGGAUAUCGCCAGGCAAAUGCACCAGCCGCGAAUCAGAAAUUCAGCUUUCAACGAAGGACCAAAGCAAAAUCUUUCGACUUGAGGACAACUCCUUGAAGGUCGGAAGUGAACAGCCCAAGGACAUUGCUUCUUAUGAUUCGCCGAUCAAGUUGCAGUGGUGCCUUCAGCGCCGCGGUCUGGCCUUGGACCAGGCUAAGGUACUGACGUGGGCCCAGCAUGAGCGUUGGGUUCACUGCUUGCUUCACGCACUGACUAAGGAGUGCCCUCCAGGGUUCCACAAGCCUGAUAUGAACCGCAUUGUGCAGGCCGAUCGUGAAGCCUGGUUGAUCAUGGCGUCCGAGGUGCCAUCGCUUAAGCCCAGUACCGCUGGCGAGUACCCUCUGGGUAAGGCUUUGGAUGCUUUGAGGACAGACCCUCGGAUCACCAUGUACUUGAUGGCUACCUGGGGCCGUGCACCGGAUGUUAAGGUGAAGGACUGUCCCGAGCCGCCAAGCGCCGUCGCCGUGCAAAAGAGGCGGCUACCGCUGCCAAGCAUACGACACCAGGACGGAGCACAGGCGGCUGCCAUUUCUGGCUAUGGCCCACACUCAGUGGGCUUUCAUUUUCCCCCUGCUGCCACUUCUGAGGUUGCCGACGUGUUGGCACCCGCGGAGGCGAUAGCAUUGCAAUGCCUACAGGCCGGUUUUGCUAGUCAUGACGAUUUUCGGAGCUUGAUCGCUUUGCUCCCUGCAGACACUGCCGGUGCCCCGUCAGAAGAAUCUGUGGACCCGACAGCUCCCAAAUCUUUCACAUCCGGCGCAUAUGUCCAUCAAGCCAAAGCCGGACUGCGCUCUAAUUUUCACGCCUUUCCUUUUAGUACCAUGCUUUUGGCCGCCGUCUUGUCGGCGUCUUUUGGCUCUCGCUGCUUCUCGUCUGUUGGACUUUUCUUGAAUUUAAAGGCGCCUCUGCACAACGACGCCAACAACGAUCAUGCCCAUCCCAACCUGAUCUUGCCUGCCUCUGUUUUCCACAAAGGCCAGAUUUGGGUUGAGGGUAAAGGCGAGUGUCCGUGCCCCGACCCCGACGUGCCGCGUCUGGGCUACUUGCUGCCUGUUGCUGACGGCCCACAGUUGCUUCCUUCAGAGAGGCUGCACGCAACUUGUGACUGGGACGGUACUCGCUUGUUGAUUGUUGGAUUCUGCAUUCGUGACACUGGCCUCCUGUCCGAGGCACAUCGUGUUCGACUCCUUGAUGCUCGUUUCCUCCUGCCUCAAGUUGAGUCCGGAUCGGCCUCAGACGCUGUGCUCCCCGUGCCACCGCCCAAGCGGCCCAAGGUCGCCUACCGUUCGCCUGACGCCGGACCAUCCACCAGUGCAUCUGCUUCCACGCAUACUGGCUUGCAGGAGGCCUUUCCGCAACGGGCCACACCGCUGGUUAUCGAGAUCUUUGCAGGCACGGCUCGGCUCAGCACUGCCUGUCAGAAACUGGGUUUCAGAACGCUUGCAAUCGAUAAAUCCACCGCACGUGGACGCUUCCCCAUACAACGUCUUGACCUCACCGAUGCUGACGACCUUUGCAUUCUUCUGGAUAUCAUCCGUCUUGAGGCGGCCAAUAUUGUCUGGAUCCAUUGUGCGCCGCCAUGUGGCACCGCGUCUGCGGCGCGCUCAAGACCCAUUCCAGAAUUGACUGCUGCUGGUGUUCGGGUGCCGCAACCUUUGCGCAGCACUUCCGAACCCCAAGGACUCUCCACUUUGACUGGCGCAGAUCUUGAAAGGGUCCAGAAGGCCAAUAUGCUCUACCGUGCCGUCGGGCAAAUUGCUGACCUGGCUCGACAAUUGAAAAUCUUCGUCACCGUGGAAAACCCACGCAACUCUUUGGCUUGGUUGUGUGAUGGCCUGGACGAGCUGUUCCGCUCACCACAUCACACCGUGGUCUACGAUGCCUGCAUGCAUGGUGGCACACGUGACAAAACCACCCUGUUGUGGUGCUCUGCCGAUUGGUUUCAGCUGCAUAUCCAGUGCUGCUUUGUGAACGAAUGGCCCACAUCAUUGCCGCACGUGCUGGGGGACUGGCGCUUGCUGCGCCCGACCCGCAUCGACCUGUCGUCGUUGCAUUCCAAAUACCCCCAACGGGUGAAGAUCGCUGAUUGUAUUGAGGAGGACCACCUCAAGCAUGACGAGACAGUUGCGAUAACAGGUUUCAUUGCUGCAGACGAUCCGUGCUCCGAGCAUGCGGAGAUUGUUUCUGUUGGAAUACCCAAAGAACCUUGCGACUUUGUGGCGGAUGCCGUGAAGGCUGGACAUCCUAGGAAUGCUUUGAACGCGAGCCGGGAAGGACCUUCCUCCAAAGUUGCAGAUGCCAUCCUCAUGGAUUUCGAACGGAGGGAGCGGCUUGCCUCAAAAACCAAGGAUCGUUGGAGUCAGAUUGCGGCUACGACUAAGCCCUUGAAUCACAACAUGUUGAAGCACAAGCCGGACUACAUUGUGACCGCGUUAGGGGAUAAGAACCUUUUGGCCUGGAAAAGUAUUCUUGGUGACAAUGGCUUCCCGGACCAACAACUCUGGUCCGACCUGCGCGAUGGACUUAGACUGACUGGCUGGAUGCGGGACACUGGAAUCUUCGACAAGAAAGUCCGUCCCCCGCAAACAUCGCUGGAGCACCUGCUAAGUCAAUCCCAGUACCAAACACCGUUGACCUUGAAAAGGCUACAGAAGACUGUUGUUGACAUCACGGCACGCAAGGCGUGGGCUGAAACGGUGGAGGAAGAGAAGAAGGGAUGGAUCUUUCGGGAUGAAAGUGCAAAUCUUGAUGACAUAGUCUUGGCCCAUCGUUUCGGCUUGCAGCAGAAGGACAAAGUUCGUGUGAUCGACAACGGCAAGGAGUGUGGCCUCAACUUGGCGUGUGGGCUACCAGAGAAGUUCACCUUGCAUGGAGUGGACGUGCUUGCUGGAGUUUUCAUUGAGUUGCUCAACCGCCCUGAAGCUGCCGGCAAAAGGAUCAAAGGGAAAACCAUUGAUCUUGUCUCUGCGUACAAAUUCUAUCCAAUCCACCCUCAAGACAGGCGUCACUUGAGGAUCGGGGUCUAUGACACCGACUCUGGCAUGGUCAGGAUUUAUGGAACCAACGUUCUUCCUUUCGGUGCCACCGGAAGUGUGGCGGGUUUCCUGCGAGUUUCGGCGGCGAUUUGGCACACGGGCAUCCAGGACCUUGGCCUGGGAUGGUGCGCCUACUUUGACGAUUUUCCUUUGAUGGCCCUUGAAGGUCAUGAAGACCAGGUUGGGGGAUUGGCUGGAGAAGUGUUCGACGCACUGGGGAUCCAAUACGCAAAGGAGGGUAAGAAGGCCACUGACUUCGAUUACACCUUUGCCGCCCUGGGAUUGCAGUAUGACUUGACGAGAUUCAAUGAGGGGGUGGUCGUCAUUCGGCAUACGGAAGCACGUACUGCUGAGCUGGUGGAGACACUCGAGGGAAUCUUACGUGAUGCUGUACUCCGACCUAAGGAUGCGGAAGUUUUGAGGGGAAGGAUGCACUGGUUUACUUCGUAUCUUUUCGGUCGUGCGCCGUGUGAGGCGAUGAGACAGAUAUCCUUGAGGGCACAAUGUAUGGACUCAUGCACAAGGCUCACUGACGACCUGACUGAGGCGAUUCAAACUUUGCUCCGCUACGUGGCGGAUUCCAGGCCAUUGGAGCUGAGGCAAACGACGGGGCGUGAGCUGUAUGUUUUUACAGAUGGCUCGUAUGAGCCCACGGCUGAGAAGCGAGCCGGCAUCGGUGGCGUCCUCUAUGACAGCACUGGCACGCCGUUGUCAUUCUUCUCUGCACAGGUGAACGAGGACGAUCUGCGGGCUCUUGAGGAAACUUCUGAUCAUCCGAUAUAUGAAGUUGAACUGUAUGCCGCCUUGGUUGCAGUUGAGAUUUGGGGACCCUUAUUAGAGGAUUCCUUUUCCGUUUUUUACCUUGAUAACGAAGUGGCGGGCAAGGCCAUGGUUCGGGCGAGUCCCGACUCACUCGAAUCCAGCGGACGAGCCAAGCCGAACGGCUACAUGUGCGCACAGUGCUGGGGGUAUGAUCGGGUGCGCAAGUUCUCGACUUAUCUCAUCGACACAUGCGUCUUGCAUUGGAUGCUUGACCUUGGGGCCGAUGGAGAUAUCAAACUUUGA